AUGCAAUGGAAGUCUUGGAAGGUCAUGCCUGACGAGAUCAAGAUGGAGGUUCGCAGCCAGUGGUCGAUGAACUAUAACUUAGAGGACCUCAACGAGGAGUCAUUGGCGUACGUCAACAGACUCUUCGGUGAGAGGUACAAGCAGUGGAAGAGCGACUUGCACCACCAUUUUCAGGCGUUUGAUGAUCCGCAAGUCCCUCUUCAAGACAGUUGCCCGAAGGAGCUUGAGGGGCAGGAGGAUAGUUGGGCGUGGCUCUAA